AUGUCAUCUAAGGCCCCAAUACCAGCGAGACGUCUGCCCGGAGUCGAAGGUCGUCAGACCAUCAAAUCACAAGCUUCACAGGUAACUGGUUGGCGGAUCGUUGACGACUCUGACGAGAUCUACGAGUCGUGUGACACUGAAAAUUCGGUUCUACCAAAACGUCCUCCUCGCUCUUUGCCCAAUCCUCAGACGGAUGCAAGUUCUCCUGCUCUCGAUAUAGAGCCUUCAUUGGCAGAAACCCACGGCGCCUUCACCGACCAACGGUCACUUUCCCUAUCAAAUCAAAAGGCUCGUUCAACCCUUCUAGACCCUUCAACAAUCGAAUCCGAGAACCUUCUCAGCAAACGUCCCGUACCUUCCUCGCUGGAGCCAAAGAAGAAGCGUCGUCUUGUUCCCACAAAACAGGCAAGCGAAAUCGCUAAUCAAAAAUUCGAGACCUUCACAAAGGCUCAGUUUGGAUUCGUCAAUCCGUUCCCCGGUGGCUUCCCCCUCACUGAUGACGAAAAUUGUUUACUUCCUGAUCCCCAUCCCGGUUCAUCUUUCUAUCAAGACGCUGACCAUGAAGACGAAGGCUACUGGUCAAAGAUUGUGAGUCCGGAGAAUUCCGGUGUAGGUGAGACUGCAGAUGAACAGGGAGAGCGUCUGAAAAGGUUGUUAUCGAGAUUUCACCAGGGAAAGCCGACGUCAGAACCAGCAGCGCCGCCCAAAAAAGGAUCAACCCCAAACUUGACUGAAGAAGAAUGGCUCUUGAAGCAAGCUCGCGAAUGUAUGCUCAAAGAGCAAGAAGCUGGAGCAAAACGGAGCAAAGAACUCCGAGAGAAAGCUCUGCGGCGACGCGGGCUUUUAGCGUUACCGAGUAGUAGCUCAAGCUCGGAACAAUGCAAGACACCAUCUGAUGCAGAUGUCAACAACAGCUCCAACAAUGACCUAUUCUCGGAGCAAAGUAACGUAUUGUCUGACACGGAGGCCGGCAACGGCUCUAAUAACGACCUAUUCUCGGAUCGGGGUGGGGCAUUGUCUGACGCGGAUGUUGAUACUCAUUCCAACAACGACCUGUUUUCUGACGAUGACCCCCAAGCACAGAGCAGGGAUGAUCGCUUGGAUAUAGCACAAGAGCAUGCCCGAAAGGACUCGGGACCCAUGGCACAUGAGCAUAUCAAAAAGAACUCAAGGCCCGCCCGGACAGAGAUAUGCGACGAAUUGAAGCGGGUCAGAAGCGAGCAGCCCGAUCCAGUCCCUAGGGUGCUGACUAAUCAAACCUACAACAGGACAAACCAACACACGAGGGAUGCCAGCAUGCGAAGCCGGCAGUCGAAUAGUAACAAUGAACGUCAGCCGUUCAGAACUGAAUCUCCAUCCUUGCACGUGGAAGGCUGCCACGGUCUAGCCUCAAAUUGUGAAGGGCUAAGUCUACAUGCAAAAGAGAAGCGCUUGUGUGAGGCAGAACAGGGUGAAUGUUCCGGGCUUACGGUUGGAGGAAGCGUGAGCAACCUAAUCUUAAGUGGUCAGUUCAUCGCAAAUGACGGAAUUGAUCCUAGAGCCCAGCGUGGUGAUGUUGUUAAAACAACUGAUGAUCGCGCGAACCCCUUGAAACCCGAAAGAGAACGACAAGGAUUGGGUGUUAGGGCUAGUGCUGGAGAUAAAGACAAAAGCAGUCUAUCCAUUCGGCCUCUGUCUGGUCUUGAGAUGCUGGCGGCGAAGGGAGGAGCUAUGGAUGACCAUAAGAGCGAGUCCAGGGUGUCUGGUGGAGUGUCUGGUGGACCUAUUCCUAGCCAUAAGACGCUUACAGUAAAGCGAGGCGCAUCGCCUAUCGAUCCUGGAGACGCAAAAUCCCAAAUGAGGCAAAAGCCGGUCGCAGAUUCAGCAUCGUCCUUUGCUCCAGGUCCCAGUGGAGGCCUAACACUCCCUAAGAAUUUUGACCAAUACUCGGAAGAGGAGAAAGAAGUGAUUGUUAAACACGAAGUUGCAAAGGAGAGGAAGAGAGACCUAGACGCUCUUGGGAGCGUGUUCUGGACAUUCGCACAAUUACGAUGCUUCUCGGACCGCGAAAUGACUGAAAGAACUAUACAGACGGAAACAAAUGAGCUUUACGAGAUUGGGAAAUUUAUUGCUCUCGUCAUUGAGCAGGGGAGACCCGGCAAGAUCCGAAGGACACGUAUACAAGACAUUCGCGACAAUAUCAGAAGACGGGUACAAAAGGCAGCAGAGAGCUCGGAAGAGCCGAGCGACGUUGCAGUCUUAACAGAAAUGAGGCGCACCUUCAGUCAAAAGCAUAUUGAUAUCAUCGACGAUGAAACACCCAAAAUCCAAGAGGAAAUUGAUCACUGGGGAGCGCUACGUAGUACGCGCAGCACUAAGCGGCACAACGCGAGGACCAGAGGCCACAGGAAGGAGCGAACCAAAGAGCGAAAAGAAGAGAAAGCCAAUAAAAAACAAGUCCGCUUUGCAGACGAAGGGACACAGAUUAUCCGAAGUAAGCCACCGAAGAGCAACCCGAUUAAAAACGGACAAACGCAAGCCGAUCGUCAAGAGGAACUCAUCGAGAAACUUAGAGCUCAGUUAAAACUCUUUGAGACAGCCGACCAAGAAGAAGUGGAGGAAAUUCAGAACCGAGUUGCUGAGAUUGAAACAGAGCUCGAGCGCGCUAGUCAGCACGCAGACGGAGAUGAUAGUGAAGAAGACGAUGGUGCGGAGUUUGUCUUUGGGGCUGGACACGAUGUCUUGAUGGUGACAACAGCUCGCGGCCGCAUGGCCGAGGAAUCAAAUAUGGAAGAAGAACAGGAUAUUGAAGAAAUCAACCGUCUCGAAGAUGGGCGCCAAAAAGAAGCAGGCACUUAUGCGUUACAACGUCAGCGUGUCGAGAAGCCAGCAUCCAGUCAACAAAAGUUUGACCCAGGACUGCUGAAGCAGAUGCAGCUCAAGAAGAGCCAACCCUUGCAGAGUCAAGGUUUCGACCCGGAGCUUUUACGGCAGAUGCAACUCAAGAGAGAUCAGCAACUGGAAGCAGCGACAGACCCUACAAUUAUUGAUCGAGACGCUGUAGGCGAGUCGGAUAGCGAAGGCGAUGCGGCGUCGGGAACCACAUCGGAUGAAGACGAAGAUCGACAAGUCUUCAGAUACACCGUCUGGGGCGCAUUCGUAGGUGUGGAGAUUUACAAGAAUGCCGAUCAUUAUUACUUCAUGAAGACUUACAACGUCUCAAGGGCGCAGGACAAAGUCAGAGAGAUAAUAUCUGCCAUUCACCAGUAUGCAUCGUCAAAGAAUGGGACCGAACUUGACAGGGUGAACGUGCAAACUGAGUUACACUACGAAUUGAUGGAGCAACACAUUGUCCUUGGUGAAGACUCUACAGUUGAAGCCAGAGUAUGGAUCGAGCGAGACUUGGUGGAUCUGAAAGAGAAAGCUUUCCGGGCUGCGAAAAGACAAAGAGCGGUGAAACGAGUCGCGACGUUUGCGGUCUAUUGGGAAAAGACUGUCACUCCCCUCAUUCGCACGGAAGAGACCAACGACACCGACCCAGACGGGUUUGCCGAUCUGUUUGAAGAGUCUCCAGAGGACAAAGCCAAAGCUGAAGAACCAGUCACCACGAGCAUCUCACAAGACCAGAUCGAGUUCUUCACCACGCCGAUUCUGGCAAACCGUCACGCCAAGGACCUGUACCUCACAUGGCACUUUACAUUCCUCCCUGGCUGGCAAAACGAGGGAUACAGACGUCUUGAGGACGAGUCGAUGGAGCAGUAUUUGGAGGAACUGGGGAGUUGGGGCCUGUUUAUUCGGGAAGAGGGCUUUGAUCGGGUCGACGUCGACGAGAGCGGGGGGGAGAGACGGGUAGAGGAAAAGUUCAAAGUCUGGGUGAAGAAGAUCGCAGUGAAGGGGCCGGGGAAUUGA